CCGCGGCUCACUUCCCUGUCGUCGCCGCAUUGAUAACCAUCUAUUUCUAAUGUUCUCUUGAUGCCCCCCCCCUGGCUCUACUACCACCAAUGUCAGACCAGAUCUGGACCUGAACAAGGAACCGGGAUUGGGAGGAACCACACCCCGAACGCGACAGAUAGAAAAAGAAAGAGUAGUGGGGAGUGCGAGCCGAGGUUUAGUCUAGUUGAGGGCACUAUUUUCUUAUCCCCGCCCGAACCAAAGUUGCUGCCCAUCAAUUCAUUAUGGACCCACUCCGACCGUUUACCGUCACCAUCAUCGGUGGAGGCAUCGGUGGCCUCGUUCUCGCGGUCGGUCUGCUACGACGUCAGGUUCCAGUUCAGAUUUAUGAGGCCGCCGCUGCCUUUGCAGAGAUCGGGCUAGGGCUGUCCAUUGGUCCGGCAGCUCACCGGGCUAUGCCCCUCAUCGACCCAGAGAUUCGAGCCAUCUACGACGCUCUUGUCACAACCCACGCGGAUAGCCCCGGCUAUGAACAAUACAAACAAACGUGGUUUGAACUCGUUUGGGCCACGGGCGACCAUGAAGGCGAAACUCUAAUGAACCUAAAGGCCUUGCCGUCGGGCCAGACGACGCUGAGACGUGCGGACUUCCUCGCCGCCCUCGUGGCUCUGGUCCCUCCCGAAAUCGUACAUUUUGGCAAACGGCUGAACCAGCUGACGGAAGCAACAGACGGGGUCCGGUUACAAUUUGAAGAUGGCACAAUCGCCAUGGCUGAUGUAGUGGUAGGAUGUGAUGGGAUAAAAUCCAAGGUCAAGGAAUCAAUGCUACCCGAGGAGUCUGCUGCCAAACAGCCUCGGUAUAGUGGUAUGUAUGCCUACCGGGCUGUCUUCGACAUGGAUGAGAUGGUGAUGGCCGUUGGUGAUCAACGCGCCCGCGUAUCCACCAUGUAUCUCGGAAAGGGCGCCUAUGCCAUCUCCUACCCCAUCAUGCGUGCCAAAAAGGUGAACUUUGGUCUCUACAUCCUAAGUGAGACCUGGCAUCAUGAGACAUGGGUUCGGCCAGCAAGUAAAGAACAUAUGCGACGAGAUGCCCAGGGUAUGGGUAGAUAUGUACAGGCUCUCGUUGAGCGCAUGCCUGACCCUUCGCAAUGGGCCCUCUUUGAGCAUCCCCACUUGUCAACGUACACUAAAUCUCGCGUGGCCAUCUUAGGCGAUGCGGCUCAUGCCUCUACGCCACAUCAAGGUGCGGGUGCCGGUCAGGCUAUCGAGGAUGCCCACGUCCUGGCAGAGAUCUUGAGCGACCCGCGAGUAAACAGCGUAGAUGACGUCGUGGAGGCGUUCAGAGCUUAUGAUCAAGUCCGUCGACCGCGAAGUCAGCAUGUGGUCACUACGAGUAAGGAGAAUGCGUAUCUACUGUGCUUGUGUUUGGAUGGUGUGGGGGAUAAUGAGGUAAAACUACGAGAGACAUUCCAGCAACGACUGCGAUGGCUUUGGGACCUGGAUAUACAGGAGCAGGCUGAACAAGCAAGGAGGAAGAUGUUUAGCGAGUGUAAGCUUUAGUGAUCUUGAUCUUGAUACCCAAUGACCAUUAGCCAGUACCGUAUUUGUCAAUCUUCA